UCAACUGAGGAGCCAGCAUAGAGCUGCAUGAUGGAAAGGCCUGUCCUACAACUGCAACUUUAAACUUGGCAAGAAGCAACAUUUCCCCCUUCUCGGAAUAUUACCCGUAACGUGAACCAUUCACAUAGUUACUGAUGGAUUGUUUUGCUAGAUGGCGUCAGAUAGCGCUAGGGAUAUGACAAAUUCUUACAACCAAGAUUUGAGCAAUGGUCUCGAGAAUGUCCCAGUUAGAAUUGACUGCAGCGGUGUUGGUAAAGCGGAAAUUCCCAACUUCCAGUACACACCUGAAAAUGUCCCAGGGCCUGGCUGCAGCAGUGACCCAACUGAGAUCACCCUUCCUGGAUGCCAGUGCCACACGCACUCCUGCCAGAGCGAGAAGUGCCAGUGUCUGCAGCGGUAUGGUCCAGCAUACAGCGACCAGCAGAGGCUACAGGGCCGUAGGGAUGCGGAGAGUGGCUACUCCAGGCCUGUGUUCGAGUGCAACGCCCUGUGCGACUGCAGCGAAGACUGCUCCAACCGUGUGGUGCAGAGAGGAGUGGUUUUCAGACUGCGCGUGUUCCUCUCAGUGGACCGUGGGUGGGGUGUGCGCACUAUGGACGCCAUACCACACGGCGCCUUUGUGUGCGAGUAUGCCGGCGAGGUGAUUGGCUUGGAAGAGGCUCGGUCCAGGCAGCUCGCUCAAGGACCGGAGGACAUGAAUUACAUCAUUGCCGUGAGGGAGCAUGCCGGUCAGGGUAAUGCCAGGGAAACGUUCGUGGACCCCUUCUCCAGGGGCAACGUGGGACGCUUUAUCAACCACUCGUGCCAGCCCAACCUCUUCAUGGUACCAGUGCGUGUACAUUCUAUGGUGCCCCGAUUGGCCCUGUUUGCUGUGCGGGACAUUGUCCCUGAUGAGGAAUUGACAUUUGAUUACACUGGCAGGUACAACAAUCAGGCUUCAGAGACCGCAAAUUCUGACCAGAACCAUCUGUCAGAGCAGAGCAACCAAGGAGAAAGUGUCAGUUCCCUGCAGAGGAAACCCUGUUACUGUGGAGCAGUGAACUGCACACGGUACCUACCUCUGGACAUCACUGUUCUCCACAGUUAGAGAAGGACAUUACUGAACAUCACUGUUCCCCACAGUUAAAGAGGGGUCAUCAUUGUAGUCCACACAAGCACACUUCACAUUCUACUUUGUUUUUCAAACCAUGGCCCCAACUGUGCCAGUUACUUUAUGAGUUUAGAUAAAACUGUUCAGAAAGUUGAACUGUAGUUAAUUAAAUGAAGAAAUGCUCAGAUGUUUCUAGCAUCUUGCAGAUUGUCCUGCAGGACUGGAGCUUCGGCAGUACGAACGAUAUACUUUUUACAUACCACCAUCAUGCGAUCCAAUUCCAUAUGCCAUGCGUGGUGCCAUGGGCUAUUGAUGCCAAUCUCCCUAGCUGAGGGUUGCCUCCCUACUUCCCUCAUUGGCCAGUGUCAUCAUGUUUAUCCCAAGAGAGUAUUGAGGAGAGAUUUGCUUCAGAGAUGUUUAAACAUACCAUACCUGCUGUGGUGAAGCCAUUUUAUUUUUGAAAAGAGGAUGGGUAUCCAUCAGGUUUUACCUAGGUGACUUUUGUUGAGUGCUUAUGAAUAUGGAUUAUGCAUGGGAGGUUCAAGGCUAUGCUGUAAAUUGGUUGAUUUCCGCUUGCUUGUCAGUUGUCAGUUUCAGAUGCGCACUGGCCCUUUAAGAUCAUCAUAGAUCAUUUGCACAGGGUCCAUGUCUCGGGAGAGGCAUGCAAUUAAAAAGAGCCUGUGGGUGCGUCUAUAUAGGAACAGAUCUCACUCCCCGGCCUCACAGAGGGGCAGACGCGACCCACUUCACCGUACGGCACUCUCAGAUCGGGCCCCUCUCCUCAAAAAAGUGCCCCACAUUCAGUCUAGACCUGCUUUCAUCUUUCUCAUUUUAUUAAUACCCACAUUUGGGUUAAUUAGUUCGGAGACCAUGUUCCGGGCAGAAUUGAGAGCGGAGCGGAGUGUCAGUCACGUUGACGAGAGGCAAGCAGAACGGAGCGAAGCGGAGUUUCAUCCAUCUCACACCAGAGCAGAUGGGCCGCCUAUAUGUGAACUCUGUGAAAUUCUUCGAUGCUAAGAGAUCCACCACAAGUUUUUCAGGGUGUAAAUGAGCUGUAUGCUCUUCAGCCCCAAGCAAUGUCAUGUCAUGACACAGAAAAGACAUUGUGUCCCAAGAAUGUUGGAAUGUGAAGUGACGGCACAAAAUAAAACAUACACAUUUGUAAAGAUUGAAAAAGCAUACGCUUUAUAUAUAUAGUCGAAAGGGAACAAGUCAUGUUUCUUGUGAAUGCUUCGAUAAAGAACCAAGUGUGAUGCCAUGGUAGUUUUAAUCUUUUUCAGCAGUGCUUGCUAUAAUAUUUCUUUUUUCACAUUUCCUCCAGGUGGAAUGGCCUCUGUCUAUUUGAGAACCGUAUGAUAAAGAUUGUCAGUGCUAAUGCUAGUGCUAAUCUCCUCUUUGACCUGCCAGCCAUCGGCUCAAGUCCUCAGCUUUUCAGUGUGUCCUCCUGUAGCACACGAGAAUGUUGGGACUGCCACGGAGGUCGAAUGCUGUUUUUGUCUUAUGACUCAUGUGAUUUGUACGCUCUCUCACAAGUCUCUAUGGCAACAGAAUAAGUGAUAUUGACUGUAUACCCAUCACAGUGUGCUGAAAGAGAGAUGUGUUUUACUUUGAGUGUUACAGAUCAGAAUUGGAAAUGUGGCAUAAACAUAAAGCAAUCACCUGCCAAAGA